AUGGCCGCCGCCACCCAUCACCACCCGCCCCACGCGUCGUCUCUUCCUGCCAGUCAACCUCCUGCGUCCAAAUACGGCUACGCGCUCAACUUUGACUGGAAACACCCGUGGCCGCGGGCGCCCACGCCGUCGAACGAAGACGCGCGACUCGCGGAGCUCGCGCGCUACCGCAUCCUCGAGUCAGAGCCCGACGAGAAGUUUGACAAACUCUGCCGCAUCGCGUGCAAAGAGAUGAAGUGCCCCAUCGCGGCCGUGAGCUUCAUCGACAAGCAAAAGCAGUGGUUCAAAGCCAACAGCGGCCUCACGCAGCGCCAGAUCCCGCGCGACGUUGCGCUCUGCGCGCACACGAUCAUGCACGCCAAGCGCGCGCUCGUGGUCGAAGACACGUCGCUCGACGAGCGCUUCCAGCACAACCCGCUCGUCACGCGCGCGUCGGCCGUGCGCUUCUACGCCGGUGUGCCCAUCACGACGCCCAGUGGCUACUGCAUUGGUUCGGUCUUUGUCUUUGACGUCAAGAGCCACCACCACGUGGACGCCAAGAUCCUGCACAAGAUCGCGGCCAAAGUGCUCAAGUACAUGGACGAGCGCCUCAAACAGCUCGCGGCGUCCGCUGCUGCUGCUACUGGCGGCGGCGCCAGUCAACCGCUGCCGGCAGACGGGACGGCGCAGGGGAGCGGGCCGAGCGCGGUGUUUGCCCCGUCGUUGUCGACGUCGUCCCUGUCUCUGUCCCGGUCAGACGGGCCGGCGCCAACGCGGAAACAACUUGUCGCACCAGCGCAAUUGCAGUCGCAGUCGCUGCCCUACCCCCGCACGAGGGAGCAACAGCCGGCGGGAGAGACGGCGAUGCGCGAGCACGGGCCGCUAUCGCCGGCGAAACCCGAACCCGCGGCCGAACCCGUGCCCGAGGUCGAGCGUGGGGCGAUCGUUCAGGCGGCGCCGGCCGCCGCUGCGUCGAGCACAGCUCUGGAAGCGCAGGCGCAGAACGGACUGGGGAACAUGGGCUCGAUGCUCAUGAAUCUGCUGGCGCGCACGACGGAGACGCAGCAGCAGCUCGCGGCGCAGCAGGGCGUGAUGUUUGAGACGCUGGGCGAGCACUCGAGCCAGUUGGACCAGCUGGGGCAGUCGAUGACCAACUUGGAGAAGCGGUUCGAGCAAGUGCGGCUGAAGAAGGAGCAGCAGCAGCGGACCGGCGCGGCGGGCUCGCGGCGGUCGAAGCGCGUGUAG